GUAGAUUCGGAAAGCAGAUUGACAUGGCAGCUCAAGGGGAUUAUGGAGUUUCGAAUCAACUAGCAGGUAGUGAUCCAUACGAAGAAGCGCUGGGUGUGUUGUCAUCGUUGAUCCUAAGACGCACCAGAGGAGAGUUCAAUUUGAUGUUUGAUUAUGUCAAGAUUCUUGGCCUGGAAGAAGACCUUUCAAAGAUGAACAUUAUCCAUGUAGCUGGAACCAAAGGCAAGGGAUCCACAUGCGCCUUUACGGAGUCUAUUUUACGAAACUAUGGCUUCCGAACUGGACUCUUAACUUCACCUCAUCUCAUUGAUGUCCGUGAAAGAUUUCGCUUGGAUGGUGUGGACAUAAGUGUGGAGAAAUUCUUGGCUUAUUUCUGGUGGUGCUAUAAACGGUUUCAGGAAGGAACUAAUGAUGAGACACAGAUGCCUUCAUAUUUCCACUUCCUUACUAUGCUAGGUUUUAAAAUAUUUGCAGGAGAGAAGGUAGAUGUUGCUAUUGUGGAGGUAGGCUUAGGUGGGAAGUAUGAUUCCACCAAUGUGGUUCAGAAACCUGUGGUGUGUGGUUUUUCUUCUCUUGGAUAUGACCACGUUGAGUUUCUAGGAGAUACACUCGACAAAAUUGCUGGUAUGAAGGCAGGAAUUUUUAAGCUCGGAGUUCCAGCGUUUACUGUCCCCCAACCCAAUGAAGCUAUGCGUGUCCUUGAAGAAAAAGCUUCUGAGUUAGACGUGAAUCUCAAUGUGGUACAACCAUUAAACAAAAGGCUCUUAGGUGGCCAGAAACUUAGUCUUGCUGGGGAGCAUCAGUAUCUCAAUGCUGGUCUAGCUGUCUCACUAGCUUAUACCUGGCUUCAGCAAAGUAGUAAUCUUGAAAUACCCAGUCUGAAUCAGAUGACAACACUGCCUGAGCCAUUCAUCAAAGGGUUAGCUACAGCCAGUUUGCAAGGACGAGCACAAGUCAUCCGCGAUCCAUAUAUUGAACAUGUGGCUCCAGGAAAUCUAGUAUUUUAUCUCGACGGAGCUCACAGUCCAGAAAGCAUGGAAGCAUGCGCUAAAUGGUUUUCUCUUGCUGUAAUGGGAGAUGGACAGUCAGAAAGUAUGAAAUCUUUGGUUAGCGGAUCCCCUCGUGCUUAUGAGGAAAGAAAGCUUGAGAAAUGGUCUGGAGAAUCAUGCCAACAAAUAUUGCUAUUCAAUUGUAUGUCGGUUCGGGACCCGCAUCUGCUUUUCCCACAUCUAAGGAAUACAUGUGCUAAGUACGGUGUUGAAUUCAAGAAAGCCUUGUUUGUGCCAAACAUGUCGAUAUCUCACAAGGUUGGUAGAAAUGCUUUGCUAGAGAAUAAUGAUUCAUCGGUUGAUUUGUCCUGGCAGUACACACUCCAGGAAGUGUGGGAAAGCCUUGUUGGGGAAGAAAAUGGAGGAAAGAAAACACAUUUGAAUGAUGGAAUGAGUGAGGUGUUUUUGUCUCUACCACUGGCAAUCAAGUGGCUCAGGGACAGUGUCAUCAAUCAGAGUUGUUCACCCACUCGAAUCCAGAAAAAUCUGUUGGGAGAGCAGAUUGACAUGGCAGCUCAAGGUGAUUAUGGAGCGUCGAAGCAAAACGCAGGUGGUGAUUUGUACCAAGAAGCUCUUGUUGCUUUGUCAUCGCUGACCAUGAAGCGCGACAAAGGAGAGCAAUUCGAGUUUGUGCUUGAUUAUCUGAAGAUACUUGACCUGGAAGAAGACAUUGCAAAGCUGAAAGUUAUCCAUGUCACCGGAACCAAAGGCAAGGGAUCCACAUGCACCUUUACAGAGUCUAUUUUGCGAAACUAUGGCUUCCGAACUGGACUCUUAACUUCUCCUCACCUCAUUGAUGUCCGUGAAAGAUUUCGCUUGGAUGGUGUUGACAUAAGUGAGGAAAAAUUCUUGGCUUAUUUCUGGUGGUGCUAUAAUAGGCUGAAGGAGGGAACUAAUGAGGAGACUACAAUGCCUUCAUAUUUCCGCUUCCUUACUUUGUUAGGCUUCAAAAUAUUUUCUGCAGAGGAGGUAGAUGUUGUUAUCUUGGAGGUGGGCCUAGGUGGGAGGAUUGAUUUCACCAAUGUGGUUAAGAAACCUGUGGUAUGCGGGUUUUCAUCUCUUGGAUAUGACCACAUGGAAAUUCUGGGAGAUACGCUCGCGAAAAUUGCCGGUGAGAAGGCAGGAAUUUUCAAGCUUGGAGUUCCAGCUUUCACGGUGCCCCAACUCAAUGAAGCAAUGUGUGUCCUUGAAGAGAAAGCUUCUGCGUUAGAUGUGAAUCUCAAAGUGGUACAGCCGCUAAACAAAAGGCUUUUAGAUGGUCAGAAACUCGGUCUUGACGGGGAACAUCAGUAUCUCAAUGCUGGUCUAGCAGUCUCACUAGCCUAUACCUGGCUUCAGCAAAGUGGUAACCUUGAAAUACCCAGUCUGAAUCAGAUGACAACACUGCCUGAGCCGUUUAUCAAAGGGUUAGUUACAGCCCGUUUGCAAGGACGGGCACAAGUCAUUCCCGAUCCAUAUAUCGAACAUGCAGCUCCAGGGAAUCUAGUAUUUUAUCUUGAUGGAGCUCACACUCCCGAAAGCAUUGAAGCAUGUGUUAAAUGGUUUUCUCUUGCUGUAAAGGAAAAUGGACAGUCUGAGAGUUUGGAAUAUUUUGUUAAAGGACCUUCUCAAGAUUGUGAGGAGAGAAAGCCUGGAGAAACCUGCCACCGGAUAUUGCUAUUCAAUUGUAUGUCGGUUCGAGACCCGCAUCUGAUUUUCUCACAUCUAAGAAAUGCAAGUGCUAAAUACGGUGUUGAUUUCAAGAAAGCCUUGUUUGUGCCGUACAUGUCGAUGUCUCACACCGUUGGUAUGAAUGCUUUGCUAGAGAAGAAUGAUGAUUCAUCGGUUGAUUUGUCGUGGCAGUACAAACUCCAGGAAGUGUGGGAAAGCCUUGUUGGGGAAGAAGAAGAAGAUGGAGGUGAAAAGAGUGAGGUGAUUUCGUCUCUGCCAUUGGCAAUCAAGUGGCUUAGGGACAUUGUGGUUGAUCAAAAUAGUUCAUCAACACGAUUCCAGGUUCUGGUAACAGGUUCGUUACAACUUGUGGGUGAUGUACUCAAAUUAGUCACAAAAUGAGGCAGGAAUGAAAUAUUCACAUCAGGUGUGUACUCUCUCAGUUUCUCUCUGUUUCUAAUGUGCCAAAAAACUCUGUUCGUUGUAAUCGAAUAAUAACUAAAGAAAUUGAAUAUGCUGAAUAAAUUGAAACAUUUUUU